GUUCGCCUCGUCAGUCAGUUUCGAGUUGCCGUCCGUCGUGCCCCCUUCGUUUUCGUCGUCGGUUCUGGCCGCGCUCUGUCAGGUUUUUCUGUGGUGCGUUUUUUGUGUCCAAUUAAGCUCGGCUGAACUUGGAAAAUUGUGAACCUUUGGGUGAAGUUUGUUGUGCUUUGUAAAACUAUAUUGUGGAAUCGAUUCCGGAUUACGGUUCCAGCUGGUGCUUAACAGGAGACGGAAAAAGAAAGAGAUUUGCAUGUUUUUGGAAGAAGGGGCAUUGUGCAAUUUGGUUCUUUAUCGGAGUAAUUUUUCGUCUGGCUGCUGCGUACAAAGUUACGGCGAAAAAAGCUGGUUUUCGAUCCCGACAGGAAGGAGUAGGAGGAACCGGGUUUGGCUCCGCUCGCGUUGGAGAAGUUUUGCCACGGUGAUUCAUGGUUUUGAAGGAGAAAAACUUGCUUUUUGGUGAUUGAAUAAGGAAAAAUCUGGUAAACUUUUCUUCUAUGAAAAGAUUUGCGUGCAAAAACCAAAUUCGAUUCUGCACAAGUCUGAUGUCACUGUUAAAUUAAACCCUCCGAAGGAAGAGAAAAACGUGAAAUCAUCCCGCAGCCGCUGGCCAGAGUGCAAUCCCUAACCACACACUGAAGAAUUCGUCCAACGAAAAGCAGCCAAAAGGCUCAAUUAUUAUUGUUUCAUUGAUUCCUGUGGCCGCCGUGUGGCGCUCCGCGUGACCUCCAGCUAGAGUCGUGGCCGCCUCCGCCCAUCCUUCCCCCGGAAAGUCUGCACUUACUGGUGAAGGAGGAAAUCGAAGAAAAUCGCUUCUGCAAGAAUCGUGAAUCGUCGUCGAGGGUGUUUUGUGUGCAGGAAGAUUCUCAUUUCCCCCGGUGGGAGGGAAAAGGUGUUAUUAAAGCUGUGCCAAACGCGGCGGUGAAGAGGGGGUGGCAAAAUUGCAAUACUACACUCUUGUGUGAGCCGUUCGAUUGCACAAAACGGCAGAAGAGUCUGAAGCAGAGAAAAUACAAAAAAAAAGCAAGGGGAUCUGACCAACUAAGGGAUUGGUAGUGGCCGAAGGCAGAAAGAGAAUCGAGAAUAGUUGUAGGAGGCAUUCGACUAAGGGAAAGAGAUUUGCACGGUCCCUCCCACCCGCUGGUCUCCGCUUAACGAAAAUUGGCCACCGUGGCCACCAAUCGGCAGGUUAUUAAUGUGAGAAAAUGUCACCGGCCAGACUGUCGCUUCGGGAGGAGGACGUGGUGCGGUUAACGUUGGAGUUUCUCAACAACCGCGAGCUGCACAUCUCACAGCUGUCGCUGGAGCGCGAAACCGGCGUCAUCAACGGUCAGUACUCGGACGAUGUGCUCUUCCUGCGGCAGCUCAUCCUCGAUGGGCAGUGGGACGAUGUGGUGGAGUUCAUCCAGCCGCUGGAGGCGCUGCAGAACUUUGACAUGAAGCAGUUCCGGUACACGAUCCUGCGCCACAAGUACAUCGAGCUGCUGUGCAUAAGGUCGGAAGCGGGCGGGCUCAACGGACCACCCCUCAUUAACAAUGUCGAGGGUGCCGUCGAGGAGGUGGUCCAGGUGCUGGGAGAGCUGGAAAAGCUCUGCCCAACCAAGGAAGAAUACUCGGGACUGUGUCUUCUGCUGACGCUCCCCAAGCUCGGAGAUCACAUGCAGUAUCGCGACUGGAACCCGAGCAAGGCUCGCGUCCAGUGCUUCCGGGAGAUUUUUCCCCUGGUGGAGAAGUUCCUGCCCGGAGACAAAAAGGCGGGGCCAGUGCAGUCGGUGUUUGCGAAAAACGAUCGCCUCGUGCAGCUCAUGAUCAAGGGCAUUCUGUACGAGUCUUGUGUGAAUUACUGUCAGGUGAAGGCCACCGGAGCGGCUGACGCGGCGACGCACAAGAUAAAUUUCUCCAAAGUGCUGGACGGUUCGAUAGGUUUCACCGACUCCGACCUGUCGCUGCUCAGCUGGCUCCAGAGCAUCCCGGCGGAGACGUUCUCCGUUCCGUUCGAGCAGAAAACGCUCAACGUGGACGUCGAACGACUCGAGAAGCCCUCGCUGGAGACGUCCUGGACCGAACACAUGCUCAUCACGCCCAUCAAACCGAAGACGUUCCCCCAUUCUGUGAUGCCAUUUACGAGGCCCCGCAGCGCCGCCGACAUUAUGACCCGCUCGCUGCUGCCCUCGCUGGACGCCGUGUCCUCCUGUCUCAAUCCAAAGGCCAACAACGAAUCAUUUCCCAUGUCCCGGUCGAGCUUUGCCAGUUUUCACCUGACCGGGAUUAAGCCCACGAGUGGCAAGCUGAUGACCUCCAGCGUGGACCGGCUGUUCGAGAACGGUGACGGUGGUGAUGUCUAUCGCAGCAGUAACUUCAGCGAAUACCAGCAGGGACUUCCAUCGAUCGAGGAGAUCGCUUCCGUGCAGUCGAAAUCGCCCGAGCUGCAGGCGGUGCCGGGAGCGGUCGUGAAAACGAGCGACAUUCAUCAGAGCAGUGCCGAGCGGGACAGUCCCAACACGACCAACUCGACGGCGAAAAGCUCCCGGCGGGACUCGCUCACGGACAAGAUCGCCACCACCAACCAGCCAGUGCCAACGGGCCUCCCGAACCUGACCAGCAACAACAUUCAGCAUCCGCCGUUGCCUCCACCCUCGGUUGGACCACCACCCCCGGUGACACCGCCGGUAUCCGUCUCAUCCGCGGCCAGCAGCAAUCACCAUCCGGGACCAGUGCACCCUCAGGCCGCUCCACCGCCACCGCCAACCGGAGUCAUCUACGACCAUCCCAAAACCAACAUAAACGGUGAAAGUCUUGCCAACGGAGGGGGAGAGCUGUACGAAAAGUUCAAACAGCAAAAGCAGAACAAAGAGUCCGACUACAUUAUGAACGGAAAUCCGACCAUUAUGCCACCGACGCCGAUGAUGAACCAGCUGCAGCAGCAGCAACCACUCAGUCAACAGAACGGAAACGGUAGCAAUGGGGGUGGGCCGCUGAACGGAACCAACGGAAGUAACGGAUUGGCGCGGCCAACGCAGCUGAUGGACGAGCUCGGAGGGCGGGAUCUUGAGCAGUCAGACCAGAACCGGCCCAAGUUCGUCGCCGUCACCUCCCUCGAGGACGUCCAGGCGGUCCGAUGCGCGGAGUUCCACCCGAACGGCCGGAUCUACGCCGUGGGAUCCAACUCGAAAACGUUCCGAAUCUGCGAGUACCCGCCACUGUCGGAAAUCAGCAAAAGAUGUGAAAGCGGUGCAAGUUGGGAAGACCACACCACGUACCAACCUACGGUCCUCUUCAAGCGGACGAAACACCACAAGGGCUCCAUCUAUUGCAUGGCGUGGUCCCCGGUGGGUGACCUGAUCGCGACCGGUUCCAACGACAAAACGGUCAAGCUGAUGCGCUUCAACGAGAACCAAAAGCAGCUCGAGGGCCAGGAAAUCGAACUGACGAUGCACGACGGAACGGUCCGCGAUCUGUGCUUCCUCGAGGACACCUCCAACAAGUCCAGCCUGCUGAUCAGUGGCGGCGCCGGCGACUGCAAGAUCUACGUUACCGACUGUGAAACGUCGACGCCGUUCCAGGCGCUCAGCGGCCACGGGGGGCACGUGCUGUCGCUGUACAACUGGGGCAGCGUCAUGUUCGUUUCCGGAUCGAUGGACAAAUCCGUUCGAUUUUGGGAUCUGCGGACGCGCGGUUGCGUCAACAUGGUCACACCGGCGACGUCUCCGGGCUCGCGGCAGGGUUCGCCGGUGGCGGCGGUGUGCGUCGAUCCUUCCGGACGGCUGCUGGUGUCCGGUCACGAGGAUAGCUCGUGUGUGCUGUACGAUAUCCGUGGAAACAGGCCCAUUCAGUGCUUCAAGCCGCACGCGUCCGAUGUGAGAUCAAUCCGCUUCUCGCCGUCCGCGUACUACCUGCUGACGGCCGGCUACGACAACAAGCUGGUGCUGACGGACCUGCAGGGCGACCUGACGAUGCCGCUGCCGUCGGUGGUGGUGGCCCAGCACGCGGACAAGGUGAUAUCGGGCCGCUGGCAUCCGGUAGAUUUCUCAUUCCUCUCGACGUCCGCCGACAAGACGGCCACGCUGUGGGCCCUGCCACCGAUUUAAAGUGUGCAUCGUUGAUCGAUGAUUCUUGGAGUGGAGUGUCUGUAUGAUAAUUACGGUAAAAAAAAAUAUUGGACUAAAAUAAUACACAGAAAUGAACAAGUAGCAAUGACGUGACAAAAGAUUUAAAAAAAAACAAACAUGCGAAUGAAAAUCACCAAAAAUGAAUGAAAAACGUACUCAAUCGAAUAUAACUGCAUGAAAUUAAGGCGAAGGGAAAGGGGGAAGCAAUAAAUUGCAUGAGAAAAUCGUAAUACAGUAAUUAGUUAUUUCAGUCUCGAUAUUUAUGUACCACAACCACAAAAUGCAUCCUCAUUUAGACAGUAAAGCAACAAUAUCUCCAUAACGACUGCUCAUUAACCAUUGUAAUAUGCUCACUUUGGGAGGCGUUCAAAAAAACAUGUUUAAGAUUUGCAAUAAAAUUCGGUGGAACUAUCACUUGCAUUGGGGACUUAGCUUUGUUUUACGAAUAAAUUGAUAGAUUGAUUGUGAUUGCGUGUUUAUUGAUGCUGAUAAAUUAACGUCUUUAUUAAUUAAUAAAUUAUCAAAAAGGUUUCAUCCAAUCGAGUUUUUUCAAACCAGAUUCCCUUUUAUUUUGAAGGUCAAACAAAAACAUUCGCUACGUGAACAAAUUUUCGCGUGAAAUCAACCAAUUCUCACCUCGUUAGCAUCAAUCAAGUACAACACAUCACAGGGCGGCACACUUCCAAAAUGCAACUUACAACCUGCUAUCAAAAUUUGCUCGGCAAAUAUAAACAAGAAAUGACCUCAAUCGAAGUGAUUUUUUCGCACGAGCGGCUUCCUCCCAAACAAACGAAAAGACCAAACAAAUCUCACAACCAUCCUAAUUUCCCCUCUCACUAAUCUUCCGAAUAAUCAGGUGUGAAUCGCGGUGACAAACAAGCGCCAAGCUUUGGUGGCGAAUUAGCAGGAAGCGCUCGUGCAUCAGAAGCAAAGCUAAAAAAAGCUAAUCAUCAUUAUACACGUGUAUGUUUGUGCUUUUAAGUAAGCGGCUCUACCAAUUAAGGUGUAAAGUGAUUAAUAACUCAAGAAAGCCCACAUUCAUGAAACAUAAGCUACUGAUACUUUUUGCCCAGCUGUUAAUUUUGUUAAUAUAAUAUUAAAAAAAAUAAUACUUGCGGUAACUGUUAGGAACGCAAACCUUAAACACAAGAAAUAAAAAAAACGUUAAUAUUCAUACAAUAUUACGUAAAGUGGCAAUUUUUGUACCAUAUACUUUAUGCUAAACAACGUUUCUUAUUGGCGCGAAUGCAGAAAAUACCAAGAGUUGUAACCAGUGGAAAGCUACAUCUGACAAGUUAUGAUUGUAAUAAAUAAAAUUCAAAAAGCGUAAACUAAUAACAAUA